GGUAGUUGAAACUAUAUGAGGCGAAUAAUAUUUGCAUCGUAUCGAUUGCCAGUAAUCAUUAGAAUUGUAGUAUUGACCAUAAUUAUUAAUGUCUUCUAAUCUUAACAUUAUUUAAAUGAACCAUCUACUUCUAUUACUUGCUGUCCUUCGCAAAUAUCGCGUCAUUUUUUUAUGUUACUUACAAAUAUUCCUCGCUUUUUAGGAUUUUCCCGCAAGAACCAGGGAAAUAACGAUGUCAAAUAUUAUUUUGUUAAUCGUUGUUGUCUUGACGUGUAUUUCCACUGAAACCGCUGCCCAAGUGGUCUGUGUUAAUCCGAAGGAAAUUGGCGAACUUCGAGUUUUGAAGUCAAAGAAAUGAGUUGACAUAUAUGAAACAGAUGGUCGUGGAGAUAUUGCAACACAUGAUUGUGAUGGCUAUCGUGAUCAGCAAAUUAUUAUGUGUGAAGAUGGCACGAUAAGGAAUUCAAAAACUCCUUAUAAUUGUUUUACACCAGGCACAGACGGAAACGGAAAUUUGGUGUCAACUUCUUGCCAAUUAUACCCAGCCAUACCUAAUUAUCAGAAGUGGAGAUAUGGAAGGUCAAAAACCUUCGUAGACAGAGGAGGAAUUCGACAAGAAGCAAGGGAAAUCAUAAACGUGCAAUCUGGAGCGUGCAUGGAUAUUGAGGACUAUGAUGGAAAUGGUGGCAUUGGUACAUAUCGUUGCGAAAAUCUGGAUGAUCAGUACUUCUACUUCCGCUCUCGGGGUACGUUGCUGGGACAUGGGAGACUGCAAGUUGAGAAAUCUGGUCUUUGUCUGGAUGUGGAGGGAGACCAAGGACGUGGCAAUGUUUUAAUAGACAACUGUCAAAAUGCUGCUGAUCAGUAUUUCAAUUUUUACCAAAAUGGCGAAUUAGUCAACAAAAAGUCCGGAUUGUGCGUCGAUAUUGAAGAUUAUAAUGGAUAUGGCGAUAUCACUAUGCAUGCGUGUGAAGAUUUGCCUAACCAAAUGUGGAUACGACCGCGCCAUUACUGCCAUGGAGAUUACUGUUCUAUCCGGAGUAAGAAGUCAGGACAGUGCGUAGACGUUGAUGACUAUGACGCAAGCAAAGGAAGGAAUGUGGCGAGCUACCACUGCGAGGGGGCUCCUGAUCAACGCUUUAGAUGGGUGGAUAAAAAAUGGGUUACACCUAGUGCAACAUGAUCCAUGGUUGGCUGCAAUCAAAAUGGUGAAGUUACUCACACGAUAAGCAACACGAUCAGUUACACGACAACAAUCAGCACGAGUAUAUCGAUCUCAGUUAGUUCUACAAUCCAAGCUGGUGUCACAUAUGGCGGCGCAUCAGCCAGCGCAUCAACCACUACAACCGUGUCAACGUCGCUCGCAAAAGAGUGGGAAAACAGCCAAUCAGGAACCAAAGAUAUAACUUUCACUUGCCAAAACUAUGAUACAGGAAAGCCAUUCAUACGGGGAUGCAUGUGGCAACUCCGACUCACUACCAGGGAAACAACGAAAAACGAUCUUUUGACGUGGUCGCCCCAGAUCGUGAAAUGUACAAGCAAUUCUCAAGAAUCAAAAUGCCCUCCAUUUACGAGAUGCAAAGAUGACGCAUGCACAAUGUGUGAAAACCUGCCAGGUGCCCGUAAGAAAAAAAGCGUCGACGAAUCCUUAACAUGGAAAAACGUGUUGAAGAUAGACUAGAAAAGAAACAAGAAAGACACUGCAAUACUUCAUUUUUUCGUUAACUUUUGGUUUUAGUCUAGAUAUUGGGAACGGUUUGUACUAUAGUAUAAGUAGAAAUAAUAAACGAACACGCAGCUAAUUUGAAGAAUUUUUCUUUUGCAUGUUAGAGCUUUUAUGAAGCAGGAUAGGCUCUGUAUAUUACACAAAAUGUAAUAAAUAGAUGGAAACAAGUAGAAUACAUUUUUGCAAUGCUUUUCGAGAGUUUUUCUUUUCAUGUGCGCAAGCAAACAAAGAUUCGCAUUGUAUA